UUCAUCAUUACUCCAUGGCUUUGGUACAUUUAAUAGAAUAUUAGGUUUAUGUGUUAUCAGUAUGCUUAUUCUCAUCUCAUUCUUACACUCUUCCCCUGAAUCUUUUCAUUCAGGUGGGAUUGUCAAAAGAAAUGGAAUGCAUGUUCUUGAGUAAUUUUGUCAGUCUUGAAAACCCCAUCAAUACACAGUCAUGUUCCUCAUAAUCCUGUCUUCAGGUACCUUAAAAAUGGUUUGAGCAGAAGACUACCCGUAACAGUAAAUAGUUCACUACAUUCAGUACUUUGUGCAAUGUCGUGCAGAGCUCCCUGCUUGUCAUACUGGCUGGUAUUGUUUCAUUGAUUCUUCUUUAUCUGUAAUCUCUUAUACAUAAUUUAUAGGUUCUUGGGACAGGACUAUCUCUUUAGCUCAUGUUUAUAGUGCUAAUUGUAUCGGGGUCCUGGUGCAUGGCUGGGGUUUUGUGCACUUGUCUAAUAAACACCUGUAAGUAUAUGAAAGUACAGAAACAAUCUGCCAUUUUUAGACUGCUUUAAUAGGAAUCGGUGCGGGAGUAGGGGAAAAAAUUAUUCACUCUCAAGAGUCACGGGAUGGGAAGACUUGCAGACAGGACCCAGUCACAAAGGUUAGCUUUGCGCUUAACCUUUAAAUGAGCAAGGGCUAAUCUUCCUUGGCCGCUUUUGCCAUCAGCAGGCAGCACGGCUCCCAUCAACCUCGGUUUAGAGGAGCUCGGGAGCCCUGCUGCUCCCCCCAGGAGCCCCCCACUUCCUUGGCUGAGCAUCCCACCGCCACCACCGUCUCCAUCAGCACCACCCUCCUCGCAGAAGACGCCCAAGGGACGCGGCAAGACCGCAAAGAGAAGAGUUAACAGGGAAUUGAUAACCCGGCCCCUUUUUUGUCUUACCCCGCCUCCUCCCGCUUGCGGGGAAGUGAGGGAUCCGGACGCGCUGCGCGGGGGUGGCCCCGGCGGAGAGGCGCGGGGAGGGCUCCCCUCCGCGCCGCUCCGCCGGGGGCCCCGCGGCUCGGCCCGGCCCGGCACGGCUCGGCACGGCUCGGCACGGCUCGGCACGGCUCAGCCCGGCCCGGCGGCCGAGCGCCGCCCCCGCCGCGGGGAUGGAGCCGCCGCCGCCCCGCGGGAGCAGGAUGGAACAUGAGGCUGCCCAGCUAGAAAAGCAGCAUGUGCACAGUGUGUAUGAAAAUACAGCUGCCUACUUUAGUGAUCUGCAGACCAAAGCGUGGCCUCGUGUUCGGAACUUUCUGCUGGAACAAAAGCCUGGCAGUCUCGUUGUUGAUAUAGGUUGUGGAACUGGAAAGUAUCUCAGUGUCAACAAUCAAGUGUAUAAUCUGGGCUGUGAUUACUGUGAAGGACUGGUAGAAAUUGCAAGGAAGAAAGGUGAUGAAGUUCUGGUGUGUGACAACCUUAACCUUCCCUUUAGGGAUCAGUGCUUCAAUGCAGUCAUUUCAAUUGGAGUGAUACAUCAUUUCUCAACUAAACAAAGGCGAAUCAAAGCAAUAAAGGAAAUGGCAAGGAUAUUGACACCUGGAGGCCAAAUAAUGAUUUAUGUUUGGGCUAUGGAACAAAAAAAUCGUCGCUUUGAGAAACAAGAUGUAUUUGUUCCAUGGAACAAGGCCUUGUGUUCACGCCGUUUUUCAGAAUCAAAUCAAUCUGGAGAUAAGGGUGAGUUUGUCCAUGGUGCAAAAGGCCAAGAAAUACACCCUGCACAGCUUGUCAUCUCUGAGUGCAGCUACCAGAACAAUCUGCAGCCAGAAACUGAUUCAAAACAUUCCCGCAAUAUGGACCAUUGCAUACCCAGAGCCUGCUGCAUGAAAAUUUCUGAGGAAGAAAACAGAUUUUACAGUGCUCUAGGAAGAUCUUUCCGCUCAUGGUUUUUCUCCAGAUCCCUUGAUGAGUCAGCCCUGAGAAAGCAAAGUGACAAACUGAAGCACCUGAAACAUGAAGGAGUGUGGGCAAACAGCACUGUACCCAUUCAACACUCGCGACACUGCAGUUUGGAUUUAGGUCACCAUGGGGCACUGCUAAACGAACAAAGUUUAGAUGAUGAUGAUGAUGUGUUUAUGGAAAGCCUGUCUCUCAAAAAACCACAGUGGUCGCCAGCCACAGAUGAACUGAAGGAUUUGAGUUUAAAUGGAGAACACCAAAGCGUAGCUCAGAGCAAGGGGGACGAAGCUUCAUUUGUAAAUGGCCCAGUGGAAGACAGGGACCGCAUCUGUGGUUGUAAUAAAGAUGGUGCUGGUAAGUCUGAUGCCAGCAAGUUUUUCAAAAGAACUUCAACAACUGACUCCACUGACUCAGCUUUGGAUUCAGCAGUGUCUCUUGGGGACCAGACUGAUGCUGUGUUGGAUACAAAGGCCUUCAUGCGUUAUUACCAUGUUUUUCGGGAAGGGGAGCUGUGUUCUCUGGUGGAAGAGAAUGUGCCUGAGCUUCAGAUACUUUCUUCCUGCUAUGACCAUGGAAACUGGUGCAUUAUUGCAGAGAGGAGAGGAGCAAAGCUAUAAAGAGAACAAAGCAGAAUCCAGUGACGGAGGAUUUUAAGCUCUUCCUUGUGUUACUGUGAUUGUGCAGUGUGACCUGAAUUUUAAUCUUGUAGUUGUUGUGUGCCAUUCAUUUUUAUUAUCCCUCAGCUAUUUAACUAGCUAAUGCGAGGUCUGUCUAUAGGAAUGUGAGUGGUAGAUAAUAUUUAUGUUUUGUUAAACUUUUAUGAAGUUAAAACUGUAGAGUUUUAUAUUGCUGUUAGCAAAUAAUUGUGUUUUAAAAUAUACUUUUCUAUUGAGAAAUAAACCUUUUUAUAAAACAUGGAUCAGGGCAUCUUUUAUGAGAAAUAUCCUCUCAGUGGAAAGUCUAGUCUUUGUUCUUAAGAUGCCAGAAGUUUGGCACAUGGCUCCCUAUCCUUGAAGUCCUGUAAAUGAGACAUAGCCACUAUGUCUAAAAUUGUACUUGACUGUACCCUGGUAGAGUGCAUGCUGCAGAACUGGGAGCAAGCAUGGUCCCAGUGCUCCUUAGUUGGGAGAAGAGUUAUUAAUGGGCAAAAAACUGCGUACCAAGCAAGCUGUGCAUAUUCUGUCAUUUGAUAUUUGUAUUUGGGAGCAAAUGACAGCACGGGUUUUGGACAGUAUUUUUUACUUUUGUUUUAAAAAUAGUUCAAUUUGUUUCUCAGGUGCAGGUGAAGUUUUAUGUCUUAGCUCUCACAAAUAUCUUAUUUUAAUUUCCUCUGCUGUAGUUUUUCAUUGGUUAUGUGUAUAUAAAAGUCAGAGGGAUUUGUGAGAGUGUGAGUAUUCUGUAAAGUUCUAAAAUAUCAAAUCCUUGAAAUACAUAUAUCUUUUUGAAAUACAUAUAUCUUUUGAUAAGCCUGGGAAGCUAAGAUUAAAUUAAUAAAAAUCCAGUGCAUAUCUGGUCAGCUGUCAUAUUUACUUUUCUUGUUCACAGACAUGAGAAUAUAUACUAAGAGUGUAUUAAAUAAUGUAGACAGGACAAGGAUAAGCCCAGUUUGCACAUAAAAUACAAAUUCUUGUCUUGUGAAGUUUAAAUGAAUCUUUUGAGACCUUAGUGAUAAUAGAUUUGUUACACAACUUUCCUGUUCCCUCCAAGACGUACCAUCACUGUCCAUUCGUAGUAGGUUGUAGCAGUUUAUAGUGCUGGGGAUAAAAGCACCUGGCUUCAGAAGAUCAGUAUGGAACUGCCAACAGAAGCAAGGCUAGAAGAGGCUAAUUGCCUCAUUAGCACAGAGUUACUCUAUUCGUAGGCUUAGUUCAUAAUCAGUGGUUACAGUGCAGACACAUCUUCAGCUGAUGUGAUUUUGUGACCUUUAAUGGAACUGCACGGAUUUCCCCCUUCCCCUCCUUCCCCACCCUCCCCAAAAAAGAACCCCCAAACCCCUUUUGUUACAGCAGUUUUAAAGAGCUAUAUAAUUAUAUAAUUAACAUGUCUGCCCUAUUAUUGAACAAGUACCUUUGAAUACAAGGCAAUAGGAGUGAAAUGCCAAGCUUUCCCAGUCUCUGCUGCACAAGCAGGUGGAUUUGAGAUUCAGUAGAAAACCUUGAUGGUGUUGAGUAUUUUUUGAUGUAGCUUCCCAGCUGUUAAUUGCCCAUGGUAAUGUAUUACAGAUUUAUUUAUUGGAGCAAUAUCUUCAAGGAAUUAUUUCUGUCUUACUCACAGCUUGGGGUCCUUAUACUUUAUCCUUCCUGGGUCUGUACCACUUGCACUCCCGACAGGCCUUUGAAAAUAAAAAUGUGGCCAAAGAACCAUACAUUUGAGACUCCUGAAAUACUAUUCCACUCUAAUCUAAGUGUUGCUUUCAAUACAGCCUGGGGCUGUGGCUUUCAGUUGCUGUGUACGAGCCAUAUUUCAGAAAAUGGGCAAUAUUCCCUGCCUCACUGUUCCAGCUGCUCCUGGCUGAGGGGCUGCACCUGCUGCACCCUCAGGCUCCAGAUUGAAACACUCAGUGCCAAAGUACCCACAUUGCAGAGCCAGCAUGGGCUGUGCUGAGCUCCACACCUCGUUUGCAAUGUGGUUGUGUCAGAUUGGGCCUGCCUCUUUUGUUGGGAAUUUGUGGAUGAGCUUGGGAAUUUUAGAAGAGAAGUCAGUUGCUUCCAGAUAAAGUAUGCCAGUGGAUAUUCAGCACUCCUGGAAUUGGGGCUGCAUUUAAGAAAGAGGUAGAUUAUUAUCAUCCUAUAUCCAAUUCUGAAACCUAAAUGCCAGCAUGCAGAAACUUUAUUGCACACAUAUAUAAAAAUAUUUAUUAAGUAUUAUUCAUCUUAACUGAUUUAGUUAUUUGGGAGGAAGAACAUCACCAUUUUGUUAUAUGAACUUCUACAUUCUGACUGUGGCAUGUUUGGUGUGUAGUUAAGUGGACUGAUGAAAUUUGGGGUAAACUGAGAAAGGAAAGGUGUCCAUUCUCUUCAGAAUAUAGACUUACUAUCCUUGCAAGAGACUGAAUCUGUGUCAGGCUUCAGUUAACACUUCUUGCUCUAUCUGUUUGAGUAAGAGUAUAUCCCCUCAAAGCUGCUGAAGUACUUUGAGUCACUUUUAUGUUUGUAGACUUUCCAUGCAUUAUUUGGUUUGUGGUUCUUGCCUGGGGAUGCUUUUCACAAAUACUUACUUCUGUAUUGAAUUUUCUCAUGAUUUGAGUUGAUGAUGAGUUUGGAUUUUCUUAUAAAUUCCUGGGAGAAGGAGAGGGGAGGUUUGAUAAGCAGCUUUUUUUUUUUCCCUGAAUACUCAGUUGUCCUCUGAGGAUGUAUCAUCACCAUGUAACAUAAUUUUUAUGGAAUGGGGUCAGUCAGCUGAAGUCAUGACUGUGAAGUCUUUAUACAGCAAACCUUUAUUCUUGUAAAUUUUGUAUUCUUGUAGGCAGUCUCCCAUCUAUUAAUGGAGGCUGCCUGGACCUGAGACUGCUUUAUAAUCUCAUAAGCCAGAUUACUUCACUCAGAGCAUGGGGAAUGCCCACCUUAAGCAAAAGGUAAUUUCCAGCAGAUCCCAGAUUUUAGUAGCAUACAAAGUUAAUGUGCUCAGAGAAGUGGAUGUGCCAUUAAAAAGUAGAGUAAAUGAAUGAAAAAGUAAACAAAACCCAGCUGUCCUUGAAUGCUUAAACUUUUGGCAAUGUCAAGACUGAAAGAUCUGACUGUAUUAAGGUAAAAGGCAAAUGUGUUUUUGCAUUGCUUGUCUGACAAUUGGGCAAUAAUCUCAUUUCAAUUCUGCUGAUAAAACACUUGUUUCUGGCUUUAGUGGGCUUGGAUUGCUCCUAAGGUGCUUAUGUAGCAUGUGGAGAAGUUUUGAUGACAUGAGAAAGAUGCCCUGGUUUCUUACAAAAUUAAUUCAGGUGCAACUUCCUGUGUAUCAGUUUCUGCCCAUUGCUUCUUGUCCUACUGCUUGGCACCACAACUGCAAUAAAAAAUACAUUGAACAGACUUAUUUUUGCAGGACUAAUACAGUUGUAGUCAUUGAUAAAUGUUUCUGUUAGAAGUGAACGUGUGUCAUUUUUUGGUACUAACAGUGAGUGACUAAUUUACCUUCUUCCAAGCUCAUUGCGUAGGAAUUUUAAAAUUAGAGUGGAGAAACAAAAGCUAAAAAACAUUCUAGGAGUUUUUUCUGGUACUCUUUUUUAUACAGGUUACUUAUGAGCACAGUUCAAAAUGCUGAGUGAAGAGUUGUGCAUGUUCCACCUGCAAAAUAUUGCUGGUGAAACUCUUGGGUAGGUUCUGAAUAGAAAUAAUAGCUCUGAUCCUGCAUCCUCUCUGCUGUGUCAUGUCUCCAUCAGACUGCAUUCAUAUCACUCUUGGGCUGUUCUGCUGCACUACCUGCUUUCUUUCUCAGCACUUUUGCAGGGUUUGAAACUACUUCAGUCCUCCAGGAAAAUAAAGUGUGUUAGUGUUAAAUAUGUACAAGUGCUUCUCUCUUUUGUGAGUUCAGCAUUUCUUACAGAAUAUGAAUUCUGGCAGUUAGCCAUGAUUUUAUCUUCCAAUCUGCUGGUGAAAACCAUGCUUAGGUACUGCUCUGCAGUCAAUUCUGUGUCCAUACAUGGAAUCUAUU